UCGUGGAAUUCAAUCAAACAAGGUCAACGGAAAAGAACUCCAAAAAUAAGGCGUACGCGUUAAGAAUAUUAGAAUUCUUACCAAUUUUGUAGCGGCUAGUCCAUAAACUAUUUAUUAAAAGUUGAUGUGUGGAUCUGCAAGAAGCCAAGUGUUUGCAAACAGGGAGUAUUAAAAUUAAAUGUGCUUGUUGUUGCACUACCUCCAAUUGGAUUUUUAGGAGCACACAACAAUCAGCAACAAGUGGUCGCGGUGGCACUUUGUAGUAUUUGUUAAUUGCAUGAAGUCAACAGGUGUUUGUGAAAUUUGUAACUCAUCACAAUGACCUCACGAUAUGAGCGUAUCAAAGCUGAGUGUGUCGCGCGCAAAGUCCUGUGGGAGGACCCAGAUUUCGCAGCUGUGCAAUCGUCAGUUUUCUAUUACCAAACUCCACCCUUCACUUUCCAAUGGCGCCGCAUUGCAGAGUUCGCCGAUGCACAGCAGGCGUGCUUUGUAAAUGAAGGUGAGAACUUUGACGUCAUUCCUGGAAAAAUGGGCGAUCGUUGGUUGGUGUCAUGCCUGGGCGUGUUGCAUUCGCUACGCAAUCUAUUCUACCGCGUGGUGCCUGCAGAUCAAAGUCUAGACAAAGCAAACGGUGUUUUUCGCUUUCGACUUUGGUGGUGCGGCGAGUGGGUGGAAGUGCUUGUGGACGAUCGUCUGCCCACAAUAAAUGGUCGUCUCGCAUUUUUGCAGCCACAAGCCUCACAUUGUUAUUGGGCUUCACUGCUGGAAAAGGCUAUUGCCAAAUUGCAUGGAUCUUAUGAAGCACUAAAAUAUGGCACACGUUCCGAUGGUCUCAGUGAUCUGCUUGGUGGUGUAGUCGAGUGCAUACCCCUUAAAACGGGCACCAAUGCUACAGAUAUGCUGAGACCGCAGCAACUAAAAUCACAUCUGGAAACCACCUGCAUUGUUACUUGCAUUGUUGCUGCUGGCGGCGCUGCUGCUGGGCAGCACAAAAAUACAUCUGAGCGACUAGCGAAUGGCAUUACGUUCAAUGUCAACUACAGACUUUCGUCUCUGGACAAAGUGGAAACGCUGUUGGGAGAUGCAGUGCAGUUGGUGCGUUUGAAAGAUCCACUUUCCUGCAACGCUUUCGAUAACAAUGCUACAUUUGAAGGCGACUGGUCAGCAAUGUCUCCAUCGUGGGAGCGUGUUUCGCUGCAAGAACGUGACCGCCUCUUUGGCCAACUCGACGUUGGUGAAUUCUGGAUGUCUUUCCUUGAAUUCACACAGACGUACACCAGCCUCGAAUGCAUCUAUCUUGACGCCGAUACAGCCAAAGACGAGCUCACAUUACAAGAUCGACCAAAGCGUUGGCAAAUGAAAAUGUUCCAGGGCCAAUGGAAGCGUGGUGUCACAGCAGGUGGUUGCCGAAAUCAUGAAUCAUUUCACAUAAAUCCACAACUGCUGUUGAAUAUUCAAGAAAAGCAGGAAAUUGUGGUGGCUUUAAACCAACACACAGCUGUUGAACCGAAAGUCAUAGGAUUUUCAAUGUACAAAUUAAGUGGUGCAGCGAAUGGCGGCAAGGGAAAGUUCAGCGAAUGCCUACCCAAAGAGUUCUUCAAAACUCAGGUUAGCUUCCUGAACUCCGAUUACGGCAACACACGGCACGUCAGCUAUCGCUGUCAGCUGGAAGUAGGCCAAUAUGUGCUCAUGCCAACCACCUACGAGCCUGGCGAAGAGUCUAGCUUCACUGUACGCUUCUUGGGUACUGCUCCUUUGCGUCUAUCGCUGCUUGAAACACAAACCAUGAUGCUACUCGACCCCUUCCCAGCACUCAAGAACGAAGUUGAAACAACUAAAAUCAAAAAUGUAUGCCAAUAUGAGCCAGUGUUCAUGCAGCUGGCAGACGAGAAUAAAACAAUCAACUGUUUUGAACUACACGAACUGCUGGAGGCGUGUUUGCCCAACGAUUACAUCAAAGGUUGUGCCAACAUCGAUAUCUGUCGUCAGGUGAUUGCAUUGCAAGACAAGACUGGCACCGGUCGCAUCAACUUCCUGCAAUUCAAAACGUUUAUGGUAAAUUUGAAAUCAUGGCAAGGUGUAUUUAAAAUUUACACAAAGGAAAAGGCUGGUGUUUUACGUGCCGAAAGAUUGCGUGAUGCGCUCUAUGAUGUCGGAUUCCAGUUAAGCACCGAGAUUAUGAACUGUCUGAUGCAACGCUAUAUUCGGAAAGAUGGCACUUUGCGAUUGAGUGAUUUCGCCUCGGCAGUGCUGCAUUUGACUGCCGCAUUCGACUACUUUCAACGCAAGGACCAUAAUCAAGAUAAUGUUAUCGAAAUUGAAAUGUCCGAUUGGAUAAAGUGUGUGCUAAGAUGCUAACUGAUAUGGGGAAAGAAAAAGUCGUCGUUACUAGUUCGUAUUUUAUGUUACAAACUUUUCUGCGCUAGUGCC